AUGGGAAGGGCACCAUGUUGUGACAAGAAGGGUUUGAAGAAAGGACCUUGGACUGCUGAAGAGGAUGAAAUUCUUGCUAACUAUAUCAACAAAAAUGGUGGUCAUGGAAGCUGGCGUUGUCUCCCUAAAAUCACAGGUCUUCUUCGUUGCGGUAAGAGUUGCAGGCUUAGGUGGACCAACUAUCUGAGACCCGACAUUAAACGCGGACCCUUUACUCCUGAGGAAGAAAAACAAGUCAUACAACUUCAUGCCAUCCUAGGAAAUAGGUGGGCUGCAAUUGCAUCUCAGUUACCAGGAAGAACAGACAACGAGAUAAAGAACUUUUGGAACACGCAUUUGAAGAAGCGUCUCAAAAGCAUGGGGAUUGAUCCAAAAACACACGAGCCAGUAGCCUCAUCAACUAGCUACCCCAAUCACAAGUCACACGCAUCGGUUUUGACACGUCAUAUGGCUCAAUGGGAGAGUGCAAGGCUCGAAGCAGAAGCCAGACUCUCAACUGAAUCAUCACACUUCAAGAGCAGCAACAAUCAUAAUUCCCCUGAAAAAACUGAUUCUUCUUCUGACUACUUUCUCCGAAUGUGGAACUCUGAAGUUGGAGAUGCAUUUCGCAAUGUUCAAAAACCAGAUACCGAUCAUGAUACCAAAACUAGUCGCUGUCAGAGUCCUAUUUCUGCUGUCACAGCAAGCAGCAGCGUGAAAGAAGAAUCGGAGUGGAAAAACGAUAAGUUUUGCGCUGAAAAUGUGAUUCUUGAAUCUGAUUCAACAAGCUCUAAUGACUUGGAAGAUUCAUCAGACACUGCUUUGCAGCUCUUGUUCGAUUUUCCUAUGAACAACGAUAUGAGCUUCUUAGAAAACUAUUUUGCUUAA